AUGUCCUACAGCAGCGAGCCGUGCGGCGUGAGGUGCCCGCAGCCCAUCGCCGAGAGCUCCAACGAGCCGUGCGUGCAGCAGUGCCCCGAGUCCCGCGCGCUGAUCGUGCCCCCGCCGGUGGUGGUGACCCUGCCGGGCCCCGUGCUCAGCACCUUCCCUCAGGACAGCGUUGUGGCAUCGACGGGCCCAGCCUGGCUGGGGCCUUCCUUCAGUUCCCAGGGCUAUGUGGGCGCCCAGGGCUAUGGGGGCUCCUUUGGGUUAGGGAGCUCCCGUGGUUAUAGGGGCUCCUUUGGGCUGGGAGGUUUUGGGGGCUAUGGGGGCUGUGGGGGUUAUGGGGGCUCCCAGGGCUCCCAGGGCUAUGGGGGCUCCUUUGGACUGGGAGGUUUUGGGGGCUAUGGGGGUUAUGGGGUCUCCCGGGGCUAUGGGGGCUCCUUUGGACUGGGAGGUUUUGGGGGCUAUGGGGGCUCCCGGGGCUAUGGGGGCUCCUUUGGGUCUGGGGGCUCCCUUGGCUACGGCCGUUCCCUGGGGUACGGAGGUGACAGUGGCUAUGGGGGCUCCUUUGGGGGCUAUGGGGGCUACCUGGGGGGCUAUGGGGGCUCCUUUGGCAAUUGCGGGAGGUCCUACAGCUCCGGCUUCUCCUCACGGGGCCUGGGCUAUUCCCUGCCCGGCUCCUGGGGAUGGGGCAGGUCCCGCCGUGGCAGCUGCGGUGUUUUCUGAAGCCCCCCUGGCAGUGGCAGCCCCCAGAGGCAGUGGCAGCCCUGGAGCCCUGCCCGGAGCCACGGGCAGUGGCAGCUGAGUGUGCCCAGGAGUGCCGGGUGUGCCCUGAGCCCUCCAUGCCCUGGGAAUGUCCUGAGCCCUCCAUGCCCUGGGAAUGCCCUGAGCCCUCCAUGCCCUCUCUGUGCCCUGAGCCCUCCAUGCCCUGGGAAUGUCCUGAGCCCUCCAU